GGCGCUUUUGACGAAUUCCAUUUGCGAGUAUUGCAGCCAAAGAAGUUGCGUCUGAUACUGGCUCCGCAAUACACAACUGAUUCAGACCUUAACUCUGGCGUUGCCAGUACUUUCGCCCCUAGAAACCGACAAUUGAAGAGGACAGGGAAUAUCAGCUCAGAUAUCAAUCUUAAUCUUCAAGAUCGUUUGGCUAAAAUGUCAAACCUCGACUUCGACUUGGGCCGAGGCCGGCUUUCCUACCUUGAAACUCCUGGGGGACAGGCAAAAACGAUUUCGGUUACCGCUUUGUGUCCUGAAGAUUCCAUUACUCUUCGCGUUGAGUCUGUGAGCGCCUUCCUUUCAUCACAAAUCAACGCCAGGAUCAGAGAGCAGGUACGCCAGAGAGCUACCGGGCUAAAGGUAAAGGAAGAUCAAUAUGUCACCAGAAAGCGUCUGGCUUUUCAGAUUAUGCUGGAGCACGACAUAAUGAAUGAAAAUGUGACAUAUUUCAGCGAUGAAACGGAACGUUCGUUGGUGGACGCCCCUGAAGAUGAGCAAUUUUAUGGAAUCCAUGAUAGUCGUGAUGACGAUGAGAAUUAUCAAGAUGAGGAUUUAUCCUUAUCAAAAAAAUCUAGAGGCAAAAGAAAUCAUAUUUUAGCUGCAAACUUACAAGAGGGAUGUCAUGUCAUGCUUGUAUAUGAAAGGAUGGGGUCUGGAGCACUUCAUUCAGAGAUUCUUUUCCAGGCCAGCUUUCUUCUUGGGCAGAUGACUUGGCUUAUUUUCCAGGGGCGUGGAUCACAGAGACCAUAUCGUCUGGCCCUCUUGAGAGCUGCUAGCCCCAAGAGCAAGUCGACAAGUAUAAUUUUAGAUGAGACUGAGGAACUGGAAAACGAAUCUGAUCGCCCUGACAUUACCUGGCAGAAAUGCGCAGACAACUUCAGGCUGAUAAAACAGCACUUCAUCCGCGACUUGGAACGUAAGGGUAAAUUUCUUGAUAUCCUGACGAUAUACGUCAAUGGUGCCACACUUCUGCACAUUUGCAUCCCUGCGGAGCAAAUUUAUGUUCAUCUUUCAGUAACCAAUACUAGUCAUAAAAAUGGGUACCAGCCAGCCACGAAACUGGAGAAUUCACAUCGGCGACCUGUUGCAAUCAUCGGCUGCCCUUCUUUUCCAGUAGGCAAAACGGAUGUGUUUGCUACUUUUGUCUUACCUUUACAAAUAAAUAAGAUAUAA